UAAUUCAUGCUGAGCAGUUCAGCUGCUGUCUAUAUAGAAAUGUUGAGCUUGAAGCAUCCGAAGACAUGCGAUAUUAUUGAGCUAAAUCAAUUUUGGCUACGUGAUCAUUGUCGCUGCGCCAAGUGCUUCAAUAAGCAGACGAAUCAGCGUCUCUAUAAUCUGAUUGAGUUGCCAGCUGAUGUGGAGGCAGUGAAGCACAGCUGGUCGCCAAACGAUCAGCUGGAGGUGCAAUGGAGCGAUGGGCAUACGUCCACGUAUGAUGUGGACUUUGUAUAUAAAUCGCAAGUAGCUGAGCUGAUAAGCAGGCGCUCAUUGAUAAGUGCAUCGGGUUUGACGCCUUGGAAUCGCAGCAUUGUGCUACAGAAUGAGCAACACUUGCGCUUUCCGCUGGUGCCACUGUUUGCCAACGAGGAGAAUGUGAAGCAGCUGGUUGCAGCGCUGGUGCGUUAUGGGAUUGUGUUUAUAGAUGAAGUGGAGCCUACGCCACUGAUGACUGAGUUGGCGCUGCGGCGCGUGUUUCCGCUAAUGAAAACUUUCUUUGGUGAAAUGUGGACAUUCAGCGAUAAGCAGGAUCAUGCAGAUGCUGCGUACAGCAAACUCUAUCUGGGCUCUCAUACAGACAAUACAUAUUUCUGCGACGCUGCUGGUCUGCAGGCGCUGCACUGCAUCGAGCAUGCGGGCACGGGGGGCGAGAACUUCUUUGUGGAUGGGCUGCAUGUAGUGCGUGAGCUGCAGCGCCGCUACCCAGCCGCCUAUGAGCUGCUCUGUCGCGUUAAUGUGCCCGCCGAGUAUAUUGAGGAGGGCCAGCAUCAUCGCCAUACCGCGCCCAUUAUACGCAUUGAUCCGCUCACUGGCGAGUUGCUGCAGCUGCGCUUGAAUUUCUAUGAUCGCGCAGUGUUCAACACGCUGCCGCAGCGUGAGAUGUCGCAGUUCUAUGCGAGCGUGCGGCAGCUGCAGCAGAUUGUGCGUGAGCAGGAGCAGCAGUGGUUCCUCAAGCUGCAGCCCGGCAGCAUUGUCAUCUUCGAUAACUGGCGUGUGCUGCAUGGACGCAACGCGUACACGGGUCGUCGCACCAUGAGCGGCGCCUAUGUCCAACGCACAGACUUUCAGAGCAAGGCGCGUGUGCUGGGCAUCAUCGAGUGAGCCACGUUCACAUGCUAAUAAAAAAUUACGA